UCUGAAUCCUCAUCCACGGCUUCUGCAGGUUUUCAGAAGCUCUUUACUUGAAUCCCCCUCACCUUUGCAUUAUUAUUAGUCGAAUAUUAUCUACCACCAUGGCAGACCGGCCUCCGGAAUUCACCGGGCAGUUUCCCUCGUCCUUUGACGACGAGGAGGCCUACAAUGAGAAGCCCAUGCAAAAGGUCAAGCGCAAGCUCAAGGAGGAGCCUCUUGUGCCUCUUGGAAUCGGCCUGACCGUCCUCGCCUUCGUCAAUGCCUACCGCGCGCUCCGAAAAGGCGAUUCCAGACAGGCAAACAAAAUGUUCCGCGCCCGUAUCGCCGCCCAGGGCUUCACCGUCGUCGCCAUGGUCGCCGGAAGCAUGUACUACAGCAAGGACCGUGAAAAGACCAAGGAGCUGCGCAAGCUCAAGGACGAGCGGGACGCGGAAGAGAAGCGCCAGAAAUGGAUCCGAGAGCUCGAAGCUCGUGACGAGGAAGACAAGACCAUGAGGGCCCUGAUCCAAAAGAAACAAUCCAGUCGCUCGACGGGCCAGUCAGAUUCGGCCUCCGGUGGAGAGGAGACGCAAGGCACCGGCGGAGUCCUAGGCAAGAUGGGACUGUGGUCAAAGGGCGAGAAGGCUGCGGCGGAGGCCGCAAAGGCUGAAGCCGUUGCAGAACCUACGUCGGAAAAGAAGUCGAGAAGAGAGAACCCAAAGAGCUCUCUGGGCGCGCUGAGUGAAAUCUAUGGUAAGAAGGACGAUGAGUCCAAGAAAUAAACAGAAAAAGACGAAACCGACCCAGCCAUAUGGGUGGCCAAACGACUGAAAAGCGCUGUACAUAAUCUGUUGUUAAAAAAAAUUGUAUGAGCAUGUACGAUAGGUAGUUCGAAUCAAGGGCAUUGAUAUAAGCCGCCCCCUACUCCAAGGAUAUUUCCAAUUAUUAUGGAAACAGCUAUGACGAGCUGCAUCAGGUAUCAUUCUCGGCCAUCUAUACAAUGUCGAUUGCUUCUAUGACGUACCCAAAAUAAUACCUAGGUAAUGAUAAUAAUAACUGUGUUGUAACAAAGAGGGGUUCAAGGAGGCCUUCAGCAACGAAAAUGGGAUUGAAACCUUCGUCGUGCCAUUGUUAACCCAUUGAGCCACCGCUGCGAUUUCCCCCUAUCAGGCCAGCCAUUUCCAGCAAAGCUCUAUCCGCAGCGAUAUCGCCCGUUCCUAGGUUAAUCUUUCGGCGGGCUUCGGCCUCUCGCUCUUCCCAAGCCCAUCGCUCUGCUUGCGCCUUGGCCUCGUCAUCGCCACCACACCCCCAGACCUCCAAGCUCUCAAUGCGGAACCGAUCUUGGAAGUCAAACUUUCUCACAAUGCUGGUGUGGAAAGCACCUCCUCUUGACUUGUAGUCAUGGUUGAACACUCCAAACUCAAAGGAUUCGUCAAAUAGUAAAGAUACGGCUCCCAAGGCAUGCAGACCUUGUUUGCGAUGGGAUUGUGUUGGUUUGGGAUGUGGACAUCCAAAUGAGAGACAAGGUCGGUUUCCGGGAGGCUUUGUAAAAGUAACAUAGUCCGUGUUGAUGGUGCUGGCGGUAAAGACAUCGUGGAUAGGUUCCAGUUGGAAGAGA